AGCGGUGUUCGUAAUUGCCAAUCCGAAAAUUACUUCCUAUGAAUAUUAUAUGGUAAACCCCGGGUUAUACACGCGCAUGCGGGGGCCGGAGCCAUGUCGGGAACAGGGCUUGAGGAUAUCGUCAAGAGGCUGACGACCCAUGAAACUGAGCCUAAAUUGAAACUCGAAGCUGCUACUACGUUGCGAGACAGCUUGGAUCAUUACACCAAUGGCCCUCACUAUGCCGUAUUUCUUAAGCGGAUGAUGCCGCUGUUCAUCCUUAUCCUCAGAGGACCAUGCUUAUUCCAAAGCACAUCCCCGGAGCAGAAACUCCGGAAUUGCGUCCUCGAGAUCCUCCACCGACUACCCACCCACCAAACACAAACUUCGCCGGAACCCUUCGAGCCGUAUGCAGAAGAGAUCGUUGAUAUAUUAAUGACCUUAGUUCGGAAUGAUAACGAAGAUAAUGCCACACUAUGUGUGAAAAUAAUAUCGGAUAUAAUGAGGCAUCAGCCAAAGGUUCUCCAUGGGAAGGUUCAGCCGUUUCUGGACUUAAUCCAGGAACUUUUCGAGCAGAUGGAGAAAGUUGUGAGGGAACAGCUUGACAGUACGGCCAUUCCGUUCAAUGCGUCGGGUCAGCCAUCGACACCUGGUAGUACCCAAACAAACUUCCAGUCGCCGCGGCCGGGAUCGCCAGUCGCCUCUGUGAAUGACUUGGCUCAAGAUGCCCAGCAGCAGAGUCGGCCUUUGCUAAAAGGAAUGCAGUCGUUCAAGGUUCUUUCAGAGUGCCCCAUCAUUGUUGUAUCCGUCUUCCAGACGUACAGGAACAUCAUCCAACAGAACGUGAAGGCCUUUGUCCCCUUAAUUAAGGCUGUCCUGUGUCUCCAGGCCAAGGCCCAGGAACAGGCUCAUGCUGAAGCGAGGGCGAGAGGUACUGUGUUUGCUGGGGUGAGCCCGAAUAUCAGAAACCGGGUGGCGUUUGGAGAGUUUAUUACAGCUCAAGUAAAGACCAUGAGUUUCUUAGCCUAUCUACUGCGCCAAUACUCUAGUCAACUGGCUGAUUUCUUACCAACCUUACCCGAGAUUGUCGUUCGAUUGCUUAGAGACUGCCCAAGGGAAAAAUCAGCCGCCCGGAAGGAGCUGCUGGUUGCGAUUCGCCAUAUUAUAAACUUCAACUUUCGGAAGAUCUUCCUUCCAAAAAUUGACGAGCUCCUGGAAGAGAAGACAUUAAUUGGCGAUGGGCUCACGGUUUACGACACAUUGAGACCAUUAGCGUAUAGCAUGCUAGCCGACUUGAUACACCAUGUUCGCGAAUCACUAUCACCGGAACAGAUUCGAAAGACGGUUGAGGUGUACACUAAGAAUUUGCAGGACAAUUUCCCUGGUACGAGUUUUCAGACCAUGAGUGCCAAAUUGUUGUUGAAUAUGGCGGAGUGCAUAGCCAAGAUGCAGAAUAAAGUCGACGCGAGGCAUUAUUUGCUCAUGAUUCUCAAUGCUAUUGGUGACAAAUUCGCCGCAAUGAACAGACAGUACCCCAAUGCUGUUAAGCUCUCCAAGCUUUACGCUCAGCAGGCUGCUGAUCAGGUUCCUGAUACAUAUCUCGCGGAUAAGGAACACCAUCCUGAGUGGGAUGAGACAGAUAUCUUCACGGCAAUGCCGAUCAAGACGUCGAACCCUCGUGACCGUGGCACAGAUCCCGUAGCAGACAACAAGUUCUUGUUCAAAAAUCUUAUGAACGGGCUGAAGAACACUUUUUACCAGCUGAGGACUUGUAAUGCAAGCAUCCAAAUCGAUCCCAAGAACGCACCCCAGCACUGGCAGGAAGUAUCGUACGGAUUUUCCGCGGAAGAGGUCAAGGUUAUCAUCAAACUUUUCCGCGAAGGUGCCUACGUCUUCCGCUACUACGAAAUUGAGAAACCCACUGCCGAGGCUCAGUAUGCUUCCCCGGUGGAGUACAUGGCGAAUUUCUACAUGGUAUCUAGUAGUAAGGAAGAGAAAGACCUUCUAGAGACAUUUGCUACAGUUUUCCACUGCAUUGACCCGGCUACGUUCCACGAAGUAUUCCAACAGGAGAUCCCUCGCCUCUACGAAAUGAUCUUCGAGCAUACCGCCCUCCUACAUAUCCCCCAGUUCUUCUUAGCAAGCGAGGCUACAUCGCCAAGUUUCUGUGGUAUGCUUCUAAAGUUUCUGAUGGAGCAUAUUGACGAAGUGGGUUCGGCCGACGUAAAAAGAUCAUCAAUCCUCCUGCGACUAUUCAAGCUCGCAUUCAUGGCGGUGACUCUUUUUGCGAAUCAGAACGAGCAGGUCCUGCUUCCCCAUGUUGUGGAUAUAGUCACGAAAUCAAUCGAGUUGUCUACUAAAGCCGAGGAACCCAUGAACUAUUUCUUACUUCUACGUUCCCUGUUCAGGAGUAUCGGUGGCGGUAAGUUCGAGCACCUUUACAAACAGAUAUUGCCUCUCCUGGAAAUGUUGCUUGACGUGCUUAAUACUUUACUCAUGGCUGCCCGUAAACCUACGGAGCGAGAUUUGUACGUUGAGCUCUGCCUUACGGUACCGGCACGUCUUAGCAACCUGUUGCCGCACUUGAGCUUCUUGAUGCGACCUUUGGUUGUUGCUCUUAGGGCCGGGACAGAUCUCGUGGGCCAGGGCUUGCGCACGUUGGAACUCUGCGUCGAUAACCUUACGGCGGAUUAUCUAGAUCCUAUUAUGGCGCCUGUGAUAGAGGAUUUGAUGAAUGCGCUUUUCGAACAUCUCAAGCCCCAUCCCUACAGCCAUUUCCAUGCCCACACGACGAUGCGCAUACUUGGGAAACUAGGUGGUAGAAACCGAAAAUUUAUGUCAGAGGCAUUCCCCGUCGAAUAUCAGAAGUACGCCGAUGACCCUUCAAGCUUCGAUCUACGUCUUAUAGGAUCUAAACGGGAUCGUGCAUUUCCGGCUGAACUUGGGAUCGACGUUGCCAUCCGUAAAUUGAUGGAAAUUCCGAAACCCUCCAAGGCCAACUCGGCCAGACAAUAUGAUGGAUACUACAAGAAGCAAGCACUGCAGUUCAUCAAGGCCCAAUUGAAAUUACGAGUUGGUAUCGAUCAUCUUCCCGAAGACUUACCCCGAUUGGUUCGUCUUCAGGCCCAAGACCUCCUCGCCCGGAAGCCGGCAGCGGAUUUCGCAAUAUUUAACGCAUCGGAUCGCGAGCGCUCUGUCGCCAAAAAAGAUGAGCAGGACGACAUUACGAAGCGCCUUAUCAAGGCUAUCAUGUAUGCGGAAUCUAUUCCCGAGUUUCGGGAAGAGGCUGAUAUAUUCCUGAUGAACCUUUGCCGACAUUUCACCAUCAUUGAAAUCGGGCGAGGGCUUGCGGAUAUCAAAAAGGAGAUGAGCCUAUUCGAUGUACAAGCAGGAGAGGGACCCUUAUACAUCGACACUAGAGUUCUUGCGGAUGCUAUUGUUGAGUCACUUGCGUCCGACCUACCUGAUGUACGUGAUACUGCUUUUCGGGCGAUUCGCGCAGUGUACGACUCUACUGCGACCAUUUUUGGAUCUGAAAUCCAUGCUGGUCGACUAGCAUUCUUCAGCCAUCUUAGCAGGACUUUCUGUCAUGCUUGCAACGAAGAAGAGUGGUACACAAAGACUGGUGGCACGCUUGGUAUCAAGUAUCUUCUGGUGGAGAUCGAUCUUGGUGACUUAUGGGUCGUGUCGAAGCAAAUGGAUUUCAUACGAGCUUUGAUGUAUGCGAUUAAGGACAUGCCGCAGGACUUACCAGAGAAGACAAGGAACUCGGCUCAAAGUACGCUCGAAUCUCUAUUGAGACGGAUCACGACAAAUGCGAAGAAGGAAGAUGUGUUACCCACUCCUGCACCACCAGGCCAACCACAUCCCAAGCAUUCGCGAUUAGCGCAGAUCUGCGUUCUCUUCAACGACGAGCUAUCCCACAUGAACAAGCACGUUCGAGGGACUGCUAGGCGGUCACUGGAGAUUAUUGCCAAUGCAACUAAGGUAGAAAUAUGGGAGCUUCUACAACCGUAUAAGGACCGGUUAUUGCAGCCCAUCUAUGCUAAGCCUCUACGGGCGUUGCCGUUUUCCACCCAAAUAGGGUAUAUUGACGCAAUUGCUUAUUAUAUGAGCCUUAAGUCCGACUUUGUUGCCUUUGAUGAUAAUCUAAAUCGGCUACUUAUGGAGUCGCUGGCUUUAGCUGAUGCUACUGACGAGUCCUUAGCCGGCAAGCACGCCGAGUUCCGGACGCACGAAUCUAUUGUGAAUCUUCGGGUUUCUUGCAUCAAGCUCUUAAGCAAAGCAAUGGGAUUUGAUGAGUUCCAGAAGGGCCAAAAUAACCCGACACGCACCAAGAUUGUCUCAGUGUUCUUCAAAUGCCUGUAUUCGGAAUCUAAGCCUACUAUUGAAGCGGCGAACGAUUCUUUAAAGGCCGUCCUUUCUCAGACCAACAAAUUGCCCAAGGAUUUGCUGCAGCAAGGACUUAGGCCUGUCUUGGCUAACCUUCAAGAUCCUAAACGGCUGAGCACUCAUGGGCUGGACAAUCUUGCAAGGCUUCUUCGGCUUCUGACUACUUAUUUCAAGGUAGAAAUUGGUGCAAGAUUAUUGGACCAUAUUAAGGUCCUUGCAGAUCCAAACCUUUUACAGCAGAUCUCGUUCACGUUCUUUGAACAGAAUAAUCAGAUGAAGGUAGUCGCAGCUGUUUUCAACAUAUUCCAUCUUCUACCACCUGCUGCAGAGCAGUUCAAGGAACGACUGAUUGACACCUGCUUGGACCUCGAGGAGAAAUUGCGCCGAACUCACCACAGUUCUUUCCGGGCGCCAUUAUAUAAGUAUCUCAAUCGAUACCCGGCCGAGGUGUGGAAUUUAUUGGUGAGCAAGUCGGAAGACUUAAAGUAUGGUCGAUUCUUGGCCCAAGUUCUCCUAGAUCCAGAGAGCAAGCCCCUAAGAGAGCACGCCGCUGCCAACAUUGAUGGGUUAAUAUCGGCUUGUGCCCAAGUCGUCAAUGCUGGCAAAGAUACGAGAUUCAUAGCGGUCGUAAACACUAUCAAUGUUCUCGAAUCGUUGAGCCAACAUCCUAACACGCGAGGUUGGCUGGAGCGGAAGGACACGAUUUUGUGGUUGAGACAAGUUGGCAAAGAUUUAGAGCUCCACUUACGGACGAAUAGCUUGUCGCCUAACCUACGACUUCCUGCUGACCAAGCGGCGGAGCAACUAAUGGGUAUCUUCACUAAGGCUCUGUCUCUGAAUCCAAAAGAUUUAGAUGCUCUCUUUAGCCUGGUGGAUUCUGUCACUUCCGAAGAGUUGCGUGCUACACCAUCCUUGUUUAACUUCCUCUACAAGCAUGUUAUCUGUAGCGAUUCUAUUGACUACUGGAAGGCCGUUGUGCUCCGUUGUCUCGAUAUUUACGCUGGAAAAAGUUCCACACAGAAGACCAAAUGCUUCCUACUUCGUAACGUCGUCAACCCGAUUAUUGCUAUGGAUGUCAUGCGACAUUGGCAUCAGCCGAGAGCCCAGAGGUUGGUCGAUCGAACAGUCAUCGAGUCUAUUAAUGUCAAGAUAUGGAAAGUCAACCCUGGAGAACCCCAGGAAGAUCUGGGACAACCUGGUAUCGAUCAUACGAGAAUGGAAGUCCUCCAACUCUCUGCGAUGUUAGUCAAAUAUCAUUAUGCCAUCCUCCAAGAUGCCAGGAAGGAUAUUAUCAAGUUUGGAUGGACCUACAUAAGACUAGAAGAUGUUAUCAACAAGCACGCUGCCUAUGUUGUAAUCGGCUAUUUCAUUGCGCAUUACGAGACACCCCCAAAGAUCGUCACGCAGGUAUACUAUUCAUUACUGAGGACGAAUCAGAAUGAGGGACGUGCUCUAGUCACCCAGGCUCUCGAAUUAAUGGCUCCUGUUCUUCCCCUGCGUUGUACGGCAGUACAAAGUGAUCGCGGUACUGGAGACCGCAACGCGGUCUGGGCUAUGGCGCCGCGCCGCAUCUUGGCCGAAGAGGGUCAAAAUGUCCAGCAGAUGACAAGUAUAUUUCACUUCCUCGUCCGGCAUCCUGAUCUAUUCUAUGAAUCCCGAGACAAAUUUGCCCUUCUUAUUAUCACGUCACUCCGAAAAGUGUCGCCUUUCGUGUCAUCUUCGACGGAGAGUAAGAGACUUGCCUUAAAUAUGAUGUGGCUAAUCUGGCAAUGGGAGGAGAGGAGAGUAGAUGGCAAACCUAGCGAUUCCGAAAGGGUUCUGUCGGAAUCGCCCAAUUCUAGAAAGCGGAAAUUAGACAGCGACAAAAUGAGUUCCUCGCCACCAGCGGUUCGACAAGUUGCUCAAGUCGAUAGGGCCGAGUUUCAAAUCCCUGCCGGCUACCGCCAUAAGAUGGUCAAGUACUUGAUCGAAUUUAUUGCGCAGCUAAAUGAGAGGUAUCAGUUGCCCUCGGCGAAGCCCAGAGAUGCAGCUCUAACAUCCGGACCUGCUCUCCCGUCUCAGUCUACGGAGUUAUGUAAGAAGGCAAUGGCGCUCCUUUAUAAUCUGUUACAACCGCGAUAUUGGGCCGACCUUGACGUUGAUUUAUUCCCGACUAUCACCGAUGUUGUCCUAGCUAGCGAGAGAACCACCAAGCUCCUCGCGGCAGAUCCUUCAGAUAAGGAGAAUUACGACGAAAAGUUCAUAACCAACAUCAUCAAUACUCUCCAGGUGGUGCGGAUCAUUCUCAAUUUCAAGCCUGACGACUGGAUACUGAGAAACAUGCCGUCAAUCCAAAAAGUUAUUGAGAAAUGUCUCAAGUCGGAAAAUCCUGAGCUGCAGGAUUGUCUCCAUCUGGCAGAUAAGAAAUAUGACGAUGGGCGCGACGUCAAGUCUACAAUUCAGCGGAUCCUUGAUGCUAUACCAGAGGAUGUACCUAUGGAGGAUGCGGAUGCUGAAGGCGAACCCGAAGCUCCCAUUUCGGAAAUAAUCACCUUCCUGUCUACUGUCGCGACGGAGUCUCUAGCAAGUUCCAACUAUGUAUCGGGCGUCAAUAUCCUAUGGUCUCUAGGCCAACGCAAACCCUCGGUCAUUGAUCAGCAUAUCGUUUCCUUAAUGAAGGCAUUGCAGACGAAGCUUGCUAGGGAACACGUCCAACACUAUACAAGUGUGGCUACGCACCAGCAGAUGAAUAUGGGCGCUGCACGACCUCAAGAUCCAAAUGCUCAACCCGGAGAGUUAUCGCCGUAUGACCUCAAUAUCCAGACUGAUUUGAUGAUCAAGGCGAUCCAAGUAACUGCAAUGCGCAUGGAGAUACUCGGCGAUCACCGACGGCCCUUCUUGAGCGUUCUGGCGACUCUGGUUGAGAAGUCACAACAUAUUCCGCUUUGCGAAAAAAUACUCGAUAUGGUAGAAGGUUGGGUCUUUCGGUCCGAAGGGACGUGGCCGACGCUUAAAGAAAAGACGGCAGUACUUCAUAAAAUGUUAACCUUUGAACAUAGGAGCGAUACGACAAUGUUGGGGAAGUUCUUAGAAUUGGUAAUCCGUAUCUACGAGGAUCCGAAAAUAGCACGAACGGAACUCACUGUACGGAUGGAGCAUGCUUUCUUAAUCGGAACCCGAGCACAGGACGUCGAAAUGCGCAAUCGAUUUCUGAAUAUAUUUGACAAGAGCCUAUCGAAAACAGCAACUACUCGGUUGUCAUAUGUCAUAAGCUCUCAAAACUGGGAUACCCUUGGCGAUUCCUUCUGGCUGGCACAAGCCACUCAGCUCCUGUUAGGCGCUGUUGAGAUGAAUUCUAGUGUUCAACUCCACCAAGAAGAUUUCCGGACACUUCCGGCGUCUCUCAUCUUUGGCGUUUACUCUAAGGAUACCAGAGAACCUACCGCGAUGAUUGAUGAUAAAUAUGACAUCUUCAUGGCGAAUCACCGACGCUUCGUCGCCGAGCUAGGUGAUGUAAAAGUCCGGGACAUUAUAGAACCGCUUAUACAACUUCAACACAUCGACAGUAACCUAUCUCAUAGUGUCUGGGUUACUCUAUUUCCAAUGUUCUGGUCUGCUACUGCUAAAGAGGAGAAGACGGAUCUAGAGAAAGCUCUAGUAGUACUUCUCUCGAAAGACUUCCACUCUCGUCAAAUCGACAAAAGACCAAAUGUGGUGCAAACCCUAUUAGCAGGCGCUGCUAAGGCGUGGCCAGAGUGCAAGAUUCCACCACACAUCCUUAAAUUUGGAGCGAAGACUUAUGAUGCUUGGUACACAGCAUUAGUACAACUUGAGAAUGCCGCUAUCAAGCCAGAUGUGGACUCGUCUAAAGUACGGGAGAGCAAUCUUGAUGCAUUGGUUGAAUUGUAUUCCAGCUUAAAAGAAGAUGAUCUUUUCUACGGCACUUGGCGUCGGCGAUGUCAAUUUGUCGAGACCAACGCAGCCUUGUCAUACGAACAAAAUGGCAUGUGGGACAAGGCUCAAAAAAUGUACGAAGCGGCUCAAAUUAAAGCCCGAACCGGCGUCAUUCCGUUCUCCCAAGGAGAGUACAUGCUCUGGGAAGACCACUGGGUCCUUUGUGCGCAGAAACUGCAGCAGUGGGAUAUAUUGCAAGAUUUCGCAAAGCACGAAAAUCUCCAAGAUCUUCUACUCGAAUGUGCUUGGCGAGGUAUUGAUAUGUGGCAAACCCAAGAACAACGUGACAGCCUAGACAUGGUCAUUAAGGGUGUUAUGGAUGCGCCGACUGCCCGGCGAGCAUUUUUCCAAAGCUUCAUGUCCUUGCUAAAAUUCCACAACAAACAGGAGACUGGGCAGGACUUUUCUCGCGUCUGUGAUGAAGCAAUACAAUUAUCUAUCAGAAAGUGGCACCAGCUUCCGAAACGUCUGACCGCUGCUCAUAUUCCCUUACUUCACAAUUUCCAACAGCUUGUCGAACUCCAUGAUGCUAGCGUCAUCUGUCAGAGCCUCGCGAAUACGAACCAAACGAACUUGGACGUGAAGUCCGGCGAGUUGAAGCUUCUUCUCGGAUCUUGGAGAGACCGGCUACCGAAUAUUUGGGAUGACAUAACCGAUUGGCAAGACUUGGUCACCUGGAGACAACACAUCUUUGGGUUGAUCAAUAAUACGUAUCUUCAACUUCUUCCCCAGCAGGGCCAAGGCGCUAAUGGUGCUUCCUUCGCGUACCGCGGUUAUCACGAGACGGCAUGGAUCAUCAACCGUUUCGCCCAUGUUGCCCGCAAGCACAACUUGCCAGAUGUGUGCAUAGCCCAACUCAGUCGAAUUUAUACUCUCCCCAACAUAGAGAUUCAGGAAGCUUUCUUGAAACUGAGGGAACAGGCACGGUGCCACUACGAGAAUCCUGCAGAGCUUUCAAGUGGACUGGAUGUUAUUAAUAAUACGAACCUCAAUUACUUUAACAACCAACAGAAGGCCGAAUUCUUCACUCUAAAGGGAAUGUUCCUGGAGAAGCUCAGCCAAAAAGAGGACGCGGAUGCAGCCUACGGUACGGCAUUGUAUUACGAUAUUGGCAAAGCUAAAGCUUGGGCUGAAUGGGGCUACUUCAACGACCGCAAGUUUAAAGAGGACCCCAAGGAUUUGAAUUCUGCUAGACAAGCCCUAACUUCGUACCUACAAGCUAUUGGUAGCUAUAAGAGCGGUAAGGCACGGAAACUGAUCGCGCGUAUCCUCUGGCUCCUAAGCUUGGAUGACUCGAAUGGAACCAUCGCUGCCGGUUUCGAUGAUUAUAAGGGAGAAACUCCCGUUUGGUAUUGGAUCACAUUUAUACCACAGCUUCUAACUGGCAUGGCCCAUAAGGAGGCACCCAAAGUCCAUGCGAUUCUUCUGAAAAUAGCCAAGGCGUACCCUCAGUCCUUGUAUUUCCAAUUAAGGACAAACCGCGAAGAUAUGCUUGCCAUCAAGAAGAACCAGGAAGCCAAGGAGAAGGCACGACAACGAGCACAAUCGACAGCAUCUAGUGGGAAGCCGAGCACUUCGCCGUUGCUUAGCAAGCAGGAAAAUCCCCAGAUGAAGGCAGAAUCGUCUUCUAGACCCGCAACUUCGAACGGCGAAAGCAGCCUUCAAGCGAAGCCGGAGGCCACCGAUGCUAACGGGGUAGCCAACGCUACGCAAGCAGGUAACGCGGAGCAACAGUCGACUGGGAAGGAUGGUGCCUCGGGUCCGGCACAGAAACGGCCGCCUUGGGAACUCACAGAGGAGAUUAUGUCUGUUCUGAAAACAGCGUUCCCUCUUCUUGCUCUUUCCAUGGAGACCAUGGUAGACCAGAUCCAAAAAUACUUCAAAUGCCCCCCCGAUGAGGAUGCUUAUCGCCUGAUCAUAGCUCUUUUGAACGAUGGUCUAGCGUAUGUCAGUAGAAUGCCUGCUUCGUACGCCAGGGAUGUGAAGCUACCAUCAGGUACGGAGACCAAUAUCACCCGCUUCGCCGAAACGAUCCUCCCGGCGCAUAUCAAAAAGUCCUUCGAGGCAGACUUUGUUCAAGUGAGGCCAACAAUGUACGAGUAUAUCCACAAACUUCGCAAGUGGCGGGAUAAGUUUGAAGAGAAGCUUGAUCGUAGAAAUCCAAGGGCGUACCUGGAGACGUAUUCGCGCCACUUGAGCGAGUUCCGCUACCUGAAAUUCGAUGAUGUCGAGGUACCCGGGCAGUACUUACAGCACAAGGAUAAAAACCAGGAUUUCAUUCGUAUAGAUCGCUUCCUUCCCAACGUGGAACUUGUUCGGGGCAUUGGUGGCUCCCAUCGGCGCUUGAAGAUUCGUGGUCACGACGGUAGCAUUCACUCGUUUGCGGUACAACAUCCUGCGGCGCGACAUUGCCGACGAGAGGAGAGGAUUCUCCAACUAUUCCGACACUUAAACCAGACACUCGCCAAGAAGAAGGAAAGUCGCCGUCGAGACUUACAGUUUACAGUGCCCUUGGUGGUCCCUCUUGCUCCUCAUAUCAGGAUUGUGCAAGAUGACCCAUCUUACAUCACGCUCCAGGGCAUUUAUGAAGAUCAUUGUCGGCGCAAUAGUAUGCCCAAGGAUGAGCCCGUCAUGUUUACCAUGGAAAGACUGAGAGGUUUGAUUGAGCCUAAGGGAUCUAAACCUCCCGAGCAAACUGCCACGGCACGUCUUGAAGUAUUCACGGCCAUUCAGGAGAAAUGGGUACCUCGUACUGCCGUGCUGGAAUACUUCCAGAGCAUCUUUCCCGAGUUCUCCGAAUUCUGGCUUUUCCGACGCCGAUUCUCGUACCAACUCUCGGCACUCACAUUCAUGACAUAUAUCCUUUACAGUACUAAUAGGUAUCCUCACAAGAUGCACAUAGCCCGCGGCUCUGGAAAGAUCUGGGGCUCCGAGGUAAUGUCGUUCAUGGCACCCGGAAAGCCCUUCUUCCACAAUCCAGAACCCGUACCUUUCCGUCUCACUCCCAACCUGCAGACCCUGAUGGGCCCUCUAGCCACCGAGGGUAUUUUCAGCUGCUCGAUUAUGGCUAUCGCGCGCUGCCUAACCGAACCUGAAUUUGAACUAGAGCACGCGCUUACGCUCUUUGUUCGGGAUGAGGUGAUAUUCUGGUUCACUAGCAGUCACCGGACCGUCCAUCUCAACGAAAACCAACUGCGCGAAACAGUCCAGACCAACUGCGAUAUGAUCGUUAAGCGCGCCGUUAGCCUCGCCCAGAGCCCAGUUGGCAACUUACCGGCAAACCAGACGGUCAUCGAUCUCAUCGCCCGGGCCGUCAACCCUAUGAAUCUGGCCCAGUGCGACGCUCUCUGGAUGCCCUACCUUUAAUAUACUUCGUUGUAUAUGUUGUCGUCCCAGAAUAGGGGAUCUGGUACUGUUUUCUAUCAUUUCUUUUCUGUUUUGCACUAAGGGAUCAUGGAAUUGCGAGGCUAUUUUGCAGCAAGGCGUUAAGGGACCGGGUCCGAGACAGCAUCACGGGCUAGGCUGGGGGGUUACGGCACGGACUUACUUGGUAUCAGGUUAGACGGUCGACAUUAGGGAUCAAAGG